AAUUCUCCCGAAUAAAUUCGGCCCGAUUCUUCCCGAAAAUGGCAUGAUUUGGAUGGAUAAAGUGGUUUUGCAACCUAUUCGUCUCUAUUCGGGGAGCUCCCAGAAUAGAGACGAAUGGGCCCUGAUUCAGUGCAGAAUCGCAAAGAAUUGACCCGAAUCAAUUUUGGCCAUUCAGAAUAAAGCCGAAUAACCAUCCGAAUACAAAGAAACAAUUUCGUAAGUCAUUAAUUUAUAAAAUACUCAUUUCAUUCAAUCAAACCAACAAUGACGUCACUGUGUUUCCCGAUUUCGCGAUGAUAGGUUUGUGACAGUCAAGCGUUUGCUGGAUGACUCAACCAGUCCACAUGUAUUGGUGAAAGACAUGGCUUUUGCAUUCUCUCCAGAGAGAUACAAGUUCAUCCCCAAAGGCUACAAACACAUCUUCUUGAUACGGCAUCCUCUCCGUGUCUUUUCCUCUCUUCGGGUAGCCGUGUUCGGCCAACUUUCCGCUUUGGGGAUGUUACAUGGGGAAGACGCACAAGAGGACACCUUCGACAUUCAACGGAACUACCCCUACGCGAACCCGGGUGUUGAACUCCACAAGGACGUCUAUGACGUGUGGAAAUACGUCCGGGAGUCUCUCGGCGCCGAAGCGAUCGUGGUCGACAGCGACGAUCUGCUGUUGAACCCUGACGAGAUGCUGCCAAAGAUCUGCCGAACUACCGGACUGCCUUACGACGAAUCGCUCUUGAGGUGGGACGGGUCUUCUGAGGUGACUAAGAAUUGGAUGCUGCCAGCUGAGAACAUGGUGGAGAAUUUAAAAUACAUUUAUGGGACUGCAAUCAACAGCAGUGGAUCUAGGAUGAUGCCAUCACGGGAUGCUGCUAGCCGUGACGUCAUUAGAUGUACAGACCAGGGGAUGAAGUAUUAUGAUGAAAUGUAUAAAGUCAGACUUACUGUCUAAAUAAACAGAUCUUCCGGGGGGGGUCUUUAAUGUAAGCUGUCAGUGCUGAAAAUUUCAGUGAAUUCCUUAGUUUUGAUUGACUCGAAACAUCUGGCCUCUUACUGUUACUAUGGUAACUAUCGGAGAGACAACACUCGUCAGUGCUGACAACUUUCAUGAAACGGUCACCGGAAUUCUGAACUCGGGUUUGUCUUACAUUCUUGUUUAUUAUUGUGACUUGUGUAUCACACGUCUCUUAUAGAAGAUGAUAACUAUGCUAUGCUAUGCUAUGCGGGCAACAAUAUAACUAUUAAGAAAAAUGUAUUUUUAACUUUGAUGGUUUUCUUCACCAUUCUUUUAAAAAGUUCGUAAU